UCCCCCAUCUUCUGAGCUUUAUGUCCAACUCGUCGAGCUCAUAGCUUCAGCGGUAGAGCACUCAAUAGUCAAUCCUAAUACAUCUACCACAAGAGCUUAACCCCUAUUUUCCGGCUGUCUGCUUGGAAAUUUGAGCAGCAUCAACAAAUCGAGACAACCAUGGCGCUAUCAACUAUGAUGUACACCCAUCUUCCGGCCGCUCAAGCCGCCCCCGUUGCAACCCGGUUUUCCUUAAUCCGAGCUAGUCAUCAUCAAGAAGCUGUUCUUGACCAUCCCCAUCAAACCAAGACAUCAAACAAAGCCAACCGUCUAGCUGAAUCCCUAGCCAACCUCCUUCACCUCCACAUAGAUACUCCUAAAAGAACCAACAUUAACCCUAAUAAUUGGCAUCUGUUCACAGAAGAGAUGCAUUCAACUCCCACAACUUCUCCGAAAGACAUCAUAUCCGAAAAAUGGCGCAAAAUCCACUGGUCCAAUGAUUGGGAGGGUCUUUUGGACCCUCUCCACCCUUGGCUAAGAAGGGAGAUUGUCAAAUAUGGUGAGUUUGCACAAGCAACGUAUGACGCUUUCGAUUUCGAUUCCUUCUCCGAGUAUUGUGGGAGUUGCAGGUACGACAAAAACAAGCUUUUUGAUGUGUUGGGUCUAGACAAAAAUGGCUACAAUGUUAGCAAAUACAUUUAUGCAAUGUCACACAUCGACAUGCCACAGUGGUUGGAGAGGUCACACUUGGCUGACACAUGGAGCAAGCAUUCCAACUGGAUGGGGUAUGUUGCCGUGAGCGAUGAGGAGGAGACUAGGAGGAUUGGGAGGAGGGACAUUGUGGUGGCGUGGCGGGGGACCGUGGCGCCAUCAGAGUGGUAUGAGGAUAUACAAAGGAAAUUGGAGCCAAUUGGGAGUGGAGAUGCCAAAGUGGAACAUGGUUUCCAUGUUUACACUGCCAAGAGUGACACCACAAGGUACAACAGGUCUAGUGCAUCAGAGCAAGUCAUGAAAGAAGUGGCUAGGCUCGUGGAGUUGUACCAAGCAAGAGGUGAAGAAGUGAGCCUUACAAUCACAGGGCAUAGCUUGGGAGGUGCAUUGGCUUUGCUCAAUGCCUAUGAAGCUGCCGAAAAACUCCCUGGCCUUCCGAUAAGCGUAAUUUCCUUUGGCGCCCCUAGGGUGGGAAACAUUGCCUUCAAGGAAGAGCUACACCAAAUGGGAGUCAAGACAUUGAGGGUUGUGGUUAAACAAGACAUGGUUCCGAAAAUGCCAGGCCUUGUUUUGAAUGAGAGUCUUCAGAAAUUUGAUGAUAUUACGGGACCAUUGGAUUGGGUUUACACACAUGUUGGAGCUGAAUUGAAGCUCGAAGUUGGUUCUUCGCCUUAUCUCAAGCGUGGCGGGUUCAAUCUGCCCGGGUUUCAUAGCCUCGAGACAUACCUCCAUCUUGUGGAUGGGUUUUUUAGUACAGAAACUACUUUUAGAUCAAAUGCUAGGAGGGAUAUUGCCUUGGUGAACAAGGGAUGCGACAUGUUGGUGGAUGAUCUUAAAAUCCCGCAGUGUUGGUAUCAAUUGCCACACAAGGGGCUAGUAAGAAACGCUCAUGGGAGAUGGGUUAAACCAAAACGAGACCCCGAAGACAUACCUUCACCUACAAGAGAAGCACAAGCUCAUGCUCUUCAAGUAGAGAUGAUGCAACCAUCAUCAGAUGAUACACUUAAAUCUUUAUGUAGUGCUUAAUUAACAUGUAAAUUUUGACAGUUGAUUAAGAACUUGAAUGUUUGGCCUACUUGUUUGCCUUGUUUUUCCGCCCAAAUGCACAGGAUUUCUCGGCCAUAUAGCACUAACUAAUCAUUUUCAAUUUUUAGUUUUCAAAAC